UUCUGUCAUUUGAAAUAGCGUGAGGCGGCAAUCAAACAGAGGGAAGAAUUUUGCAUCCAAAUCAACAAACUGCAAGAGCAAUUGGGUAACUCUGUCUCAUGUUGUGAGCAGUUGGAGAGAGAGAAGGAAGAGGUGCGUGCAUCUUUGGAGGCAUUGUUUCAGAAACUACAGGAGCAGCAUCAGAAAGAACUACAGCAGCUGGAGGAAAGACUGAAGGACUUCUACUCUGCAGAAUGGGACAAGACCCACGUGGCCUAUCAAAGGGAGGCGGAUAAAUGCAGGGCCUUCAUGCAGCAGCAGGUGGAGGAUGUGAAGAACAAACAAGAAGCACUGAGGAACCAACAGGAAGUGGCACACACUCAGCAGAUAUCAACACUGAAACAGGAACAUGAGACGUCACUUGCAGAGCUCAGGAAGAUUCAUGAAUUGGACAUGCAAGACCUUGAUAAAACACUCAAAGAGUCUGAAGCCAUGCUCAAUGAGAAAAUUCAGUCUUUGACAGCAGAAAACGAGGCUUUGAAAGAAAGAAUCAGAGAAGAGGAGGAAUGGAGAAGAGCUCUGGCAGACAAAAGCCUGAAGGACGCCCACACGCUGUAUUUGGAACAGGAGCUAGAGAGUCUCCGAGCCGUGCUGGAAAUAAAGACCAACCAGAUACACCAGCAAGACAAGAAACUCAUGCAGAUGGACAAACUGGUUGACGAUAAUUUGAAACUAGAAGAGUGUUUAAAGAAAGUCCAGCAGGAGAACGAGGACUACAAGGCUAGGAUGGACAAACAUGCUGCACUUUCAAAGCAGCUCUCCACAGAGCAAGCCAUGCUUCAGCAGACUUUACAGAAAGAGUCAAAGGUCAACAAACGGCUAUCUAUGGAGAACGAGGAGUUGCUGUGGAAACUACACAACGGGGACCUUUGCAGCCCUCGACGUCUCUCCCCCUCGCCCCCCUUCCACUCGCCCCAAAUCUCUGCCUCCUUCUCCACAACUCCAGUAUCACCCAGAUAACCUCUGAACUCUGACCACACUCACCCAGAGGCACCUAUGGACCUUUUGACCAUUUCUAUUCCUAUAAUAGGACUUGUACAGUUUGUAAAGACUUGUAAAGUUUAUAAAUGUUCCCUCUACAGUGAAAGACAAUGAUGCACAGUUGCACUUCUUGAUCAAGGAAUUGCCUUGUUUAGUUACAUGAUUAUUUGUUAUUUAAUGUCGGUCUCUCCCUCACUUUUUUUUUUUCCUUUAAUCUCAAACAUAUACCGAAUUUUCUCUGAGGAGGGAACAUACCUCAGGGAUUGUACAAAGAGUAUCUCUUCCUUGGACUGCCAUUUUCUGUUACUUUUAUCCUUUUUUAUUAAAAUGGUCUGUGCAUAGUAAGUAAAAGAUGUAAAGCUGUCCUUUUGUUUGUAUGUUCACGAUAACAAUAUAUGAUAUGUGCAAAAAGGAUGGAAAACAGAAGCCCUAUUUUCACUUAGAUUGACUUUUAUUGAUUGUUUAGAGCAUUUAUACAGAAAAGAAAAAAGUAAAUUCAGGAAAGAAGCUUAAAUCUCAAGCUCACUGUGUAAAUGGAGCGCAUAUACAGUAGAUCCAGAUCUCUGCUCCUAAUAUUGUGGAAUGUAUUAACUUCUCUCCCAAACUGUGUCCAGUGGCCCUCACAUCCAGGACGCUUUAGGUGUGAGUGUGUCCUCAACCGCAGUGCCCUUCUUUGCUUUAUGUUGUUUUUUAAGGUUUAUCCUAUUUUGAACUGUUUAUUUUAAUACAAACACAAAUAAUAAAUUAAUAAACAGUUUUAUUUAAAAUAAA